AUAAAUUUGACAAAUGUCUAAAAGAAAUAUAGUAUCUUCUGUGUAAUAUCUUCUUCCGUGCACGUGUGAUUUAUUGUUUAGUCAAUUUAAAUAUCACUCUAAGUAAGAACUGUUAGACAAAACACUCGUAGCAUAAUUGUAUAUUUCAAUAUAUCACAGCCAUACAUUUUUAUAUUCUUUCAGGUGAUUCAGCUUACCCACAGAGGCAAACACUACUGAUGGAUGCACUGACUUUUGGAUGCACCUGUAGGAUCUCCAGAAGCUCGUUAUACCGCUUUACAAGUUCGAGCCCGCAACUGUAUAGAGCGGUGUUUUGGGCGACUAAAAAUCAGUUGGUAGUGUUUGUCGUCAAUGGAGAAACUGCACUACAAGCCAGCAGCGGCAGCUAAGAUCGUUAAAACGUGUUGUGUGCUUGACAAUAUAGCUAACAAAGCGAAUUGUGAACUGCCUCCGCUGAACCGACACGAAGAACAGGAGCAGCAGCAGGAGCAGAGAUUAGCGGCGGAGUUUGACGCCCGUCAGCAGAAUGCUGUUAUUUAUUUGGCAAUGGCUCCUGACAGGUGUUGGCUAAACAAAGAGCUGCAGCUGGGUCGCGCUGCUCGUCAAGCGCUUGUCCGGCAGUUAGCAAAUUAUGAAUGCGGAGCACCUUGCUACUACUAAAAUGGAGAACCCGGACCUGUUAGCGACAUGGAACUGACCAGGACCGUCGUGGGCUCCUCAUGUG